AUGGCGAACAGAGCUUUUGAAAAUGCGGUCACUAAAGGGAAAAUGAAGUUUCCAGAGUUGAGCUUAUGUGUGUUCAAUUCUACAAAAAUGACAACUGAGUUUCUUUUCAAAGCCUAUGAGGUCUCUCCUUUCUUCAGUCCUCUGAGUUGGGACUUUGUGUUUUGCCUUGAAUCUGUGAAGGCUGGUUAUCGAGUAUCACUCCGACAGUUUGUCAAGGUGGAAGAUUCUGCUCUCUUAUUAGAUUGUCUGGAAGAAGAUGUUAAAAUUGAGUAUGGGGAUUGGUUUCCUGCCGCAGCGGUGUACGCCUUCUGCACCCUUUGGACGUGGUGGAGGGAGCCUAUGAGUGCUACACAUAGAGAAAAAUUAAUGAAAACAAGGUCUUCAUUUAAUUCCCAUUACAGUGUGGUAAAGCACGUUAAGGUAGAGAAUGAAGAAAGUGGUCAGAACUAUUCAGAGAAACCACCAUCUUCGAUGGAAGAAAGUUAUUUGGAAUUUCAAGAAAGUUUUAAACACAUAGACAGUGAAUUUGAAGAAAAUUCACAUUUGAAAAAUGCCUUCAAGAAUAUCAGUGCAUGUGAGGGCCAGCAGGUGGCGUGGUGUGCAUGCGAAUCAAAAUCACUUGAUACAGAUGCACUCCAAAAUAAUUUUUUGAAGGAGAGUUAUCCUAAACAAGCAUUAGAUGAAUAAAAAGCAAAAUUGGUGAAGCAGAUUUAAGAGGAAGAAGACCUUCUUUGGAGGCUAAAACUAGUCAAAAUGUAUAGAUCAAAGAAUGACUUGUCUCAAUUACAGCUGUUAAUAAAGACGUCGAGAAGCUGUAGCCAGCUGUUGCUUUAUGAGUUGCAGUCAGCUAUGUCUGAAGAGAACAAGAAACUAAGCCUGACUCAACUGAUAGACCAUUAUGAGCUAGAUGAUAAAUUGCUACAGUAUAAGAGAAGUGAAGAAGCAUUUGUGUGUUUAAUUCAGAAGUUUAUCUCCAGAAUAUCUUUGAGAAUGACACAUUUUAGAGGGAAGAUAAUCAUUAGGGCUUAA